UCCUCAUCCCAGCCGUAGGCAAUGGGGGCGGGGGCGGCGACAGCGGCAGCAGGCAUUCCGCUCUCACGUGCUUUUCAUGCCCUACUGCCUGCUCGAAUUUCUGAAAGCUCCCUCGCGCAUCCUCGCCGAUGCGGUGCACUCCGUGGCUGAAUCCUCCUCCCCAGAUCCAACGGAGGCGUCCUACAGGGUGCAAGCGAUGAGGUGUGUAAAAUGGCAGAAAGACCUAUUUGGGAGCAGAUUGGGACAAGUUUUAUACAGCUGUAUUAUCAACAGUUUGAUACCAGUAGGGAACAAUUAGGUGCCCUUUAUACAGAUGCUUCCUGUUUGUCAUGGGAAGGUCAACAGUUCCAAGGAAAAGCUUCAAUUAUGGAAAAAUUGAUGAGGCUUCCUUUCCAAAAAAUUCAGCAUAAUAUAACAUCCCAGGAUCAUCAACCAGCUCCUGACAAUUGUAUCCUUAGUAUGGUAGUUGGCCAACUGAAGGUGGAUGAUGAUCCAGUAAUGGGGUUCCACCAGUUGUUUGUUCUCAAAAACAUGAAUGACAAAUGGGUUUGUUCUAAUGACAUAUUUAGGCUGGCUCUAUACAAUUUUGCUUGAAAUUUCUGCUGUUGGCCCUGCCUCUUACACCUUUUAAAUAUCAAAUAAAUUUUGAUUUUGUGUU